UGUGACUGUUCUCUUAAUACAUCCAUGCGUGUGACUGACCCGCAUUCCUCGACUGGCACUAUCCCUGUCAGACCGACUGCGUUUGGCGGCGAAUAGAAUAUAAACAGUAGAUGAAAACACUAUCCAUCGCUGCCGUGCUCUGAUACGUAAUAUAUAUUUCCGGUAACUGUACCAAACAGCUGGUAGUCUGCGGUGCGUCGAAGGAUUUGAAACAUCUCACUCGGAGUCGAAGCUAAAAUGUUCAGUUCUACUUUUUUUUUGGCAGAGUGCAUCUUCAGCCUGUUGGGUAGGAAAUACAUGGCUACAAGAUAACUGAUGACUGAGCGACAUCAGGCUUUUUCUGGGCUUCGUGUCGGUGAUGGCUGAGCUGGUGCCGCCAGACUCCAGAAGGUGUAAUUAUUUCUUCCUCUAUGAUGGAUCCAAAGUCAAAGGCGAGGGUGAUGCUACUAGAGAGGGAAUCUGCUACUUCUACCCUGAAGAGACCCCUUUAGAUAAGCAGGAGCUGCUCUGUGGUCAGCUGGCUGGCGCGGGCCGCUGUGUCUCUGAGCUUUCUGCCUCUCCUGUGCGCAUACUGAGCCUGCGCCGCACUAAGUUCGCCAUCCGUAUGAAAGAUGACUUCUUUUGGGCUCUGGGCUGCUCAGCAGAAGUCCCCACCAUCAGUACCUGUGAGCUCCUGGAUCAGCUGAUCAACCUCUUUUGUUUCUACAAUGGCUCUGUCCGACAGAGCUACCAGCUUUAUAGUCAGGAGACUCUGGCUGCUCGAUGGGCUCAGUACCUCUCACACCUGCAGUCAGGAUCCUCGAAGCUUCAGCACAUCUUCAGCUGUUUGAGAACCAUUGACUCGACUAAUGUUGACCCACUUCUCCUGCUCAAAGCUGCCCUCAUUCUCCAGGCCUGUCAGCGCUGCCCUCUAGUGUUAGCCGGCUGCAUUCUCUUCAGAGGAAGAGUUGUAAGCACACAGAUGUCUCCAGAGCUCACAAUGAAGGUGAUGGUUCAUGAGAGUGAAACGUACACAAAGGCCCUGAGUACCUUCAGCUCAUUUGGCGGUGCCGUCAGCUCCACUACUGUGUUCCUGACCAUGUCUGAACUUCAGUACCUGCAAUCCGCCCCCAUCGACAAAGAUUUCAGUUGCCAUCCUACUCCACACAAAAACACCCCCCAAAAGAAGACCCGCCUGUCAAGAACGUUAUCUGACACUCCCUCCACUGAGUCCGAGCCAUCUGAUACAAGUUCCUCCCAGUCUCCCCUGAAGGGGUCCUUCAGCCCUCACUUGUCGGACAGCUCCGUGUUUAGCCCAGAUCCACUCGACCCCCCACCGCAGCCGCUCCAGCCUCCUUUCCCAAACGGAAAACACUCGCCCGAAGCUGAAGAGGAAGCUCUGGAAGAGUCGUAUUACUACAGUUUUCACAGCAACGAAGGUGGAGUCAGCCGGUUGCAUAGCGAAGGAGACCGCUCGCUGUUUGAAGAAAACUCCUAUCUAAACGGAGGUGGAGGCGGAGGAGAUGGAGACGCAGCUUGUGGGGCAGCGUUUGACUUCAGAGGGGCUGAGGAAUCCUGUCACGAUACAGUUAUUACAAAAGAGGCAGGUGGAGGUGGCUGUGAGAGUGUUCAGGGCCGCCAGGCAGAGAUGCCAGAUGCCCCCCCUGGCUCUGGUGCUUCUGACAGCCCAGAGGAGUGUCCACUGGUUCCCAUGACGCUGUACCUGCACCGGGUCAACGGCUUGGUGCUGGCUCUGCUGGUGGAACCGCACUUCUUGAGUGACACAGCUUCUAUGGAGGAAGUGUAUCACAGCAGCCUGGCGUCACUUAACGGACUGGAGGCCCAUCUGAGGACCAUCUGUCCAGGGGCCCCGGAUGCUCCAGGGCCCUACAUCUUUGCCCAUUUUGACUGCAUUCAGAGCACGCUGACAACCAACCUGUCUGGUCGACCGGGGGGAGCCCCAGAGCGUCCUUUUGUGAGAGCCACAUCACUUCUCCACUCGCAUUUCUGUAACACUGAAACUCUGCAGGAGGCUAUUAUCAGGAGUGCUGGAGCUGCAGUGUAUGGAAGCCGCAGCGUGGCCCAGGAAACUUACUUCCAGCAGCACGGGGGAUCGCUGAGGAACUCUGGCAUCCCCAACCACCAGGACAGUGCUUUCUUAUUGCCCAGCAAGGCCCGACACAGACUACUGAAGCACGGGGUUAACCUGCUCUGACGGGACAGCGCGUCGUGUUCAACAGGAGCUGUAUUCUGUUUAGAUAUGAAAAGCUGCCCCGUGAGUAACGUAAAAACAUAUUGAGAAUAUGAUUUCAAAGCUUUCUGUUUAGUCGCUGCUGUGGUUUACUUGUUCCCACAGCAGAUUGUAUGAUGUCAUGCUGUGCUAUAAAACCUUAUGGCACUCACAAUCAUAGCUUUUUUUUUUCCUUUCAUUAUUAUUUGUAUUGUAAGUUGACAGAGGGGAUGGUUGGUAAAGGUUAUGUAGACUGUUUUGCUUACAUUGAUGUUUUAGUCAUUAGUUUGUUAUUUCUGGGCUUGUUUGAGGUCAAUUUGUCCCUAAUGUAUGUCUGUGUUGCUCAAACACAUGACCUAUUACCUACAUUACCACAUAUUAAGUUCCUGUUCACACACUGCACACAUUUUGCAACCUUUUUCUUUUCAUUCAUUUCCCCCAAUGCGACAAUUUUUAUAAUUGCUCUUGCUUGUAUAUAUUCAUUUAAAAUGAACUUUAGACUAAAGCCUGAUUACAUCUUCAUACUAUUUAACUUAACUAAGUCCAUUUAUACAGAAUAAUGCCUUUUCUUGCUGCACAUCCUGCAAAAAUAUUUGGUAAAUUUAAUAGAAUUUUGAGUAGUUCUUUUAUAAAAAUUCUAUUUAUUUUAAAUCAAAUCCUUAAUAGCAUAACCCGUGUUAUUUAUCUAUUUGUUUACAUUUUUUAUUAUUUUCUAUUAUUGAAAGGGUCAUUUCUUUAAAAAAAAAAAAAAAGUCUGUAUUCUAAAGUUUGCUGAGAAGAGCUGUAGUGAAUUAUUAGUGGGGAUUAAAUGAAUACAUGAUCCUCUCA